AGAUUCAAAACCUCCUGAUUUCAUUCUUUACUACUAAUAAUAAUUUUAAAAAGCCUAUCUUUGUUUUGUAAAAUAAAAGGUUAUGGUUUUGCCAUCUUCAACACCGUUACAAACAACCGGAAAGAAGACGAAAUCCUUGCCGGAAUAUAGCUUUCCGGUGAUCGAUUUCUCCUUAAACGAUCGGUCACAACUAUCGGAGAAGAUCGUAAAAGCCUGUGAGGUUAAUGGGUUUUUCAAGGUGAUAAACCACGGAGUUAAACCGGAGAUAAUAUCGAGAUUCGAGCAUGAAGGAGAAGAGUUCUUUAAUAAACCGGAAUCGGAUAAGCUACGAGCCGGUCCGGCGAGUCCUUUCGGUUACGGAUGCAAGAACAUCGGCUUCAACGGCGAUUUGGGUGAGCUUGAGUAUCUUCUUCUCCACGCAAAUCCGACAGCUGUCGCUGAUCAAUCUGAAACUAUAUCUCAUGAUGAUCCUUUCAAGUUCAGCUCGGCGACGAAUGAUUACAUACGCGCGGUUAAAGAUUUGGCAUGUGAGAUCAUUGAUCUGACGAUCGAGAAUUUAUGGGGACAGAAGUCUAGUGAAGUCAGUGAGCUGAUCAGAGACGUUCGUAGCGAUUCAAUCCUACGGUUGAAUCACUAUCCACCAGCACCGUACGCGAUAAGAGGCGUUGGUCAAAUAGGUUUCGGAGAACAUUCUGACCCUCAGAUCUUGACGGUGUUAAGAUCCAACGACGUAGAUGGACUUGAGAUUUGCUCACGUGACGGCUUGUGGAUCCCAAUCCCAUCUGACCCUACAUGCUUCUUCGUAUUGGUCGGUGACUGCCUUCAGGCAUUGACGAAUGGGAAAUUCACUAGCGUGAGGCAUAGGGUUUUAGCAAACAUAGCAAAGAAGCCACGUAUGUCGGCGAUGUACUUUGCAGCGCCACCGUUAGAGGCGAAAAUAUCACCGUUGCCAAAAAUGGUGUCGCCGGAAAAUCCAAGACGGUAUAAUUCAUUCACAUGGGGUGACUACAAAAAAGCUACAUACUCUCUCCGUUUAGGUGUCCCUCGUCUUGAGUUCUUCAAGGCUUUAUAGAUAUUCAUACCAUUUAAAAGUUAGAUUGUCUUUUUUUUUGUUUGCUUGUUGAAAAAGAAAAAUGAUUGUUUGCU